CGUCACACUCAGGCCAGGCCAAGAUGAGUGCCCUGGGAGCUGUGAUCGCCCUCCUUCUCUGGGGACAACUGUUUGCUCUGGACGUGGGCAACGAGGUCACAGAUGCUGCAGAUGACAGCUGCCCGAAGCCCCCUCCGAUUGCAAACGGCUACGUGGAGCACCAGGUGCGCUACCGGUGCCAGAAGCACUACCGGCUGCGCAAUGGAGGAGGAGUGUACACCCUCGACAGCGAGAAGCGCUGGGUCAGCGAGGAGCUUGGAGAGCAGCUCCCCGAGUGUGAAGCAGUGUGUGGGAAGCCAAAGAAUCCCGUGACGCAGGUGCAGCGGAUCCUGGGUGGCUCAGUGGACGCCAAGGGCAGCUUUCCCUGGCAGGCCAAGAUGGUCUCGCACCACAACCUCACCUCGGGGGCCACGCUGAUCCACGAGCAGUGGCUGCUGACCACGGUCAAGAAUCUCCUCCUGGGCCACCCCGAAGGGACGGCGGCGAAAGACAUUGCGCCCACGCUGAGACUCUACCUGGGCCGGGGGCAGCAAGUACAGGUGGAGAAAGUGGUUUUCCACCCCGACCCCGCCAACGUGGACAUCGGGCUCAUCAAACUCAAAGAGAAGGUGCCCAUCAAUGAGAGAGUGAUGCCCAUCUGCCUCCCUUCUCAGGACUACGCCCAAGUGGGGCGCGUGGGCUACGUAUCUGGCUGGGGGCGGAAUGCCAACUUCAGGUUUACAGAGCUGCUCAAGUACGUCAUGCUGCCUGUGGCAGACCAGAAGGACUGUGUGGAGCACUACGAGGGCAGCACCGAGCCUGCCAAGAAGGCUUCCAAGAGCCCUGUUGGGGUCCAGCCCAUACUGAAUGAGCACACCUUCUGCGCCGGCAUGUCCCGGUACCAGGAAGACACCUGCUAUGGUGAUGCGGGCAGCGCCUUCGCCGUCCAUGACCUGGAGGAAGAUACCUGGUACGCCGCCGGCAUCCUGAGCUUCGAUAAGAGCUGUCAGGUGGCCGAGUACGGGGUAUACGUGAAGGUGACCUCCAUCCUGGACUGGGUCCGGGAAACCAUGGCUGAGGGCUAGGUCAAGGUUGGCAGUUUGCCCCAGCCGGUAGUACUUCAUGCCAGGAGGGCACCCAAGGUGGAAGUGAGGUAUGACAUGUGCAGGUAAUGGGGGCCCCUGCCCUAUCUGGGGCUGAGUGCACGCACCACACGGUCCCCUAAGCAUCACUGGAAGUGAGUACUAAGCACAGAGCUGGGAGUACCAACAGAUGUGACCCUCCAAACCCAAACAAUGAGUACAAUCAUAAUAAAGC